UACCAUCCCGCUUCUUCCCAUCAUUCGAAAUACACCGCCCACCCCCACCCCUCAUCUCUCUCGCUAUCUCUCUCUCUCUAUAUAAAUAUAAUAUAUACAUACACAACAUUUUUGUGAUUGAGUGAUUCACCAGUGUUGUGCUCUUCAAUUUCUUCACUCGAAGAAAAGGAUAGAGUGAGUGAAGACAGAGAGAGGAAUAAAAACCCUAGCUCGUGGGUUUUAGUUUCGUCUAUCGAAAUCGAGGCAUUUGAAUACUGGGAGAAAUGGCUCUCGACAUCACUCAGUUUCUAUUGGCUGCUCAAUCAGCAGAUGCUAAGAUUCGUUCUGAGGCAGAGACUGGUCUUGGUCAGUUCCAAGAACAAAACCUACCAGGCUUUCUUCUGUCAUUGGCUGCUGAGCUCUCCAAUGAUGGAAAACCCACUGAAUCUCGAAGACUGGCUGGUAUUGUGCUUAAGAACUCACUAGAUGCAAAAGAAUCUGCUAGGAAAGAACAGCUUGUUCAACAAUGGCAGGCAAUUGAUGCUCAAUGUAAAUCUCAAAUUAAAAGCUUGCUCUUGAGCACCCUAGGUUCGUCUGUGCGUGAGGCAAGUCAUACUGCUGCCCAAGUAAUUGCAAAGGUGGCUUCGAUUGAAAUUCCCCAGAAACAGUGGCCAGAGCUCAUUGGGUUGUUGCUUGUUAACAUGACCAAACAAGGCAGGCCUCCGUCCCUGAAACAGUCAACACUUGAAACACUUGGCUAUGUGUGUGAGGAGAUAUCGCACCAAGAUCUUGUCCAAGAUGAAGUAAACUCUGUUCUCACUGCUGUUGUGCAAGGUAUGAAUGUUGAGGAGCAAAGCCCUGAAGUACGUCUUGCUGCUACUAGGGCUUUAUAUAAUGCUCUUGAUUUUGCUCAGACAAACUUUGGUAACGAGAUGGAGAGGAAUUUUAUCAUGAAGGUCGUCUGUGAGGCAGCCAUUGCAAAGGAGACAGAGAUUAGACAGGCUGCAUACGAGUGUCUUGUUUCUAUUGCAUCAACAUACUAUGAGUUGCUUGAACCUUACAUGCAGGCUGUCUUUGAGUUGACAGCAAAAGCAGUCAGAGAAGAUCAGGAGGCUGUUGCUCUUCAAGCAAUUGAGUUCUGGAGUUCUAUCUGUGACGAAGAGAUAGAAUUGCAAGACUAUGAGGUUCCUGACAGUGGGGAUUCUAGUGUGCAACACUCUCGCUUCAUUGAGAAGGCCCUCCCAACACUUGUUCCAAUGCUGCUGGAAACAUUAUUGAAGCAGGAUGAGGAACAGGACCAGGAUGAUGAUAUUUGGAAUCUGGCUAUGGCUGGUGGAACAUGUCUUGGUCUUGUUGCCAGGACUGUUGGAGAUGCUGUUGUUCCCCUGGUAAUGCCUUUUGUUGAGGCUAAUAUAUUGAAGCCUGAUUGGCGCUCACGUGAGGCUGCAACAUAUGCAUUUGGCUCAAUUCUUGAAGGCCCAAGCAUUGAGAAGCUCUCUCCCAUGGUCCAUGCUGGAUUAGAUUUUCUUCUUAAGGCGAUGAAGGAUGAAAACAGCCAUGUAAGAGAUACCACUGCAUGGACACUUAGCCGUAUUUUUGAGUUUCUGCACACACCAUCUUCUGGGUUCUCAGUGAUUUCGCCAGCCAACCUCCAGCAGAUUGUCGGAGUGUUGUUAGAGAGUUUAAAAGAUGCCUCCCAUGUUGCCGAGAAAGUUUGUGGGGCUAUCUAUUUUCUUGCACAGGGAUAUGAGGAUGGUGGGCCAAGCUCGUCUUUGCUCACACCAUAUAUUCCUGAGAUUAUCACCUCUCUUAUUUCCACAGCUGACCGGACUGACAGCAGUGAUUCUAAGCUCAGAACUAACGCAUAUGAAACAUUGAAUGAAGUUGUUAGGUGCUCUAACCUUGUUGAAACAUCUGAUAUCAUUGCGAAGCUUUGCCCGGUUAUCAUGGCUAAGUUGGCACAAACAGUAGAGCUUCAGAUUGUAUCCUCUGAUGAUAGGGAAAAGCAGGGAGAUUUGCAGGCUUCCCUUUGUGGUGUACUCCAGGUUAUCAUUCAGAAGCUUAGCAAUGCUGAUGAAACUAAGCCCAUUCUACUUCAGGUUGCCGACCAGAUCAUGAUGUUGUUCCUAAAGGUAUUUGCUUGUCGUAGCUCGACGGUGCAUGAAGAGGCCAUGCUUGCCAUUGGCGCUCUGGCCUAUGCAACUGGACAGGAGUUCUUGAAGUAUAUGCCAGAAUUCUACAAAUAUCUGGAGAUGGGGCUGCAAAAUUUUGAAGAGUACCAGGUGUGUUCCAUCUCGGUGGGGGUUGUUGGUGACAUUUCCCGUGCCUUGGAUGACAAGAUCUUACCAUAUUGUGAUGGGAUGAUGGCACUUCUUCUGAAGGAUCUGUCUAGCGGCGAACUUAACCGAUCUGUAAAGCCUCCGAUAUUUUCCUGCUUUGGGGAUAUUGCUCUUGCCAUUGGUGAACACUUUGAGAAAUACCUCCAAUAUGCAUUGCCUAUGAUGCAAGGUGCUUCCGAAUUAUGUGCACAGUUAGACAACAGUGAUGAGGAAAUGCUAGAGUAUGGCAACCAGCUCAGGCGCAGUAUUUUUGAAGCAUAUUCAGGGAUUCUUCAAGGAUUUAAGAAUUCCAAGGCUGACUUGAUGUUACCCCAUGCUCCUCAUCUCCUGCAGUUCAUUGAACUGGUUGCUAAGGACAAACCAAGAGAUGAAAGCGUGACCAAAGCAGCGGUUGCUGUGUUGGGAGAUUUAGCUGAUGCACUUGGUCCAAAUAUAACCACCCUUUUCAAAGAUCGAGUUUUCUGCGCCGAGUUGUUGGGCGAGUGUCUUCAAUCUGAUGAUGAACAGCUCAAAGAAACAGCAACUUGGACCCAAGGGAUGAUUGGGCGUGCCUUCUCUGUUUGUGGGUGAAGAAAGAGCUGCUUCAAAGUAUCAGUUUGUAAGGGAGUCAUGUAUUUUCCUUCGUCUCAACAGGGGCAAACGUGUCUGGUCAUCGUGUCGUAGAUUUUUAUGACGAUGAAAUUCUUUUCAUUGUUGGGGUAUAUACCCAAAGGGGGUCAGUUCUUUUCUCUGUAGUUUCAAGGAUUAAGACCACCUACUUGUGGUAGCCUGCUGUCAUUUUGGACGUUGUCUAGUUCUAUACAUUACAUAUAAUGGAGGUUUAGUUAGGUAAUCUUCUUGUAACUUAAUUCUCACUCCAUCACAAGGCUCUUUCCGAAAUACCAAAAAAUCGUAUUUGGAAUC